AUGAGUCUCGGUCCUUUGCCCGUUGAGUUACUCAUGACUCUUGGUGGCUUCUGCGACUAUGCUCAACUCGUCUCUUUAGCCCGCGCCAAUCACACCUUCCAUGCCAUCUUCAACCCGAUUCUCUACAAGCUCAACGCCGCAGACGUCCCCCAGAAAUCAUGCCUCCACUGGGCUGUAGAACAUGAUCUUCUAUCAACGCUAAAAAUGGCCAUCGCUUAUGGUGCAGACAUCAAUAAUACCGGUGCCGCGAAAGAGUCAAACUUCCCAGAUGAGCCACCUGACGACAACGGCUGGGGCGACGACGAAAGCAAAUGGUUCGACGAGAGCUACCGGGACGACGAUACUGUCUAUGCCUCUCCUUUACAUCUUGCAGUCCUCCAAAAUCGCCCUGAGAUGGUGCGAUGGCUUCUUGAUAAUAACGCGCGCCUGGAUGUUCCUUCGUGGAAGCUCUGCUCCUGCCGCUAUGAUCAUGAUCUAAGCAUGUGGUAUCCGCUACACUUUGCUAUGUGCCAUAGCAACGAUGAGAUUCUAUGCUUGUUGCUUGAGCGCGGUGCUUUGUACUCAAGAGAAGACGCCACAGGGCUCUAUUGUGCCAUUAAAUCGGGUGCAUUAUCUGCUGUCGAAACUAUAACUCAAGUGAAUACCUUCGACCCGAACUACCGAGAUUCGUCACAUAUGACGCCCCUACACUGGGUGCACGAAUGUACAAACCUGGAGACUGCUGCCGCUAUUACUGAAAGGCUAGUCCAGCGCAACGUCCCAGUCAACAGGAAGGAUCGAGAUGGCAAAACAGCUCUAUUCUACCUAAUCAUUUUGUUCAUGUUGGAACCGGCCGUCAUUCUACUGCGGCACGGCGCUGAUCCUACUAUUGAUGACGACGAGGCACGGGAAUUGGGGCUACUGGACGAGUGCUUUCACGUGUGGCUCGAUAAGAAAAUCCAAAGAGCCCGGGAGGUCGACCCCAGCAAGGCGGAAGCUAUGACUGAGAGGCGUCUUGAACUCGCAAAACUCGUCAUCAAAGGCGGUGUCGAUGUCAACGGGCCUCUCACCUACGCAACGCAGGCGCCUUUCAUACGGCCUCUAUUCUAG